CGGCAGCCUAGCUUAGGUUCGCUAACGUGCUUUUACAGCAAAAACAUUCUAAUUAUUUUUUGGGCUCGUGCCGAAACUCGGACUCUUGACAGACAACGAUUUAUUUCAAUCAAGCUGUGGCGUCAUGUCGUUUUUUAACAGUGUACUAAAAAACAUCCAACUUUUAACUUUCGUAUUAAACGCGAGCUAGCUAGCUACUUGACAAAGACGUCUCAUGUUCGGGCUACAAGCGGUGGCUGAUGGAUCUUCUAUUGAGCCUCAUGGCGAUGAGUGUGGCGAUGUUUAACCAAGAGCUUUGGAUACACAGAGAGUGGCUGGUCCACCAGAGACACCCUCAGGCACAGGAGCACAGAUAACACCUUCCACACUGAUAAACCAUGAUCCCCAUCACUGAGUUGCGGUACUUUGUGGACACUCAGCCAGCGUACCGCAUCCUGAAACCAUGGUGGGAUGUUUUCACCGACUAUAUCUCCAUUGUUAUGCUGAUGAUUUCCGUGUUUGGAGGGACAUUGCAGGUCACCCAGGACAAGAUGAUCUGCCUGCCCUGCAAAUGGGUGGUCAAUGAGACCUGCAAAAAGAACUUCAAUGCCACCCUCUCCACAUCACUGUUCCUUGAGCCCAAAGGGAUCCAGUACGAUCUGGACCGUCACCAGUACAACUAUGUGGACGCUGUGUGCUAUGAGAACAGAUUGCACUGGUUUGCCAAGUAUUUUCCCUACCUAGUAUUACUCCACACCCUUAUUUUCUUAGCAUGCAGCAACUUUUGGUUUAAGUUUCCACGAACUAGUUCCAAACUCGAGCACUUUGUGUCCAUCCUGCUGAAAUGCUUUGACUCCCCAUGGACAACUAGGGCACUGUCAGAGACAGUGGUUGAAGAGAGUGACCCAAAACCGAUGAAAAUGAACGGCUCGAUGGACCACAAGGAGUCCGUCAUCAGUGAGGAUGUUGAAGCAAGUGUUCCUAUGCUCCAAAGGACAAAGACACGCUUUGAGCAGGGCAUCGUAGAUCGGACGGAGACGGGGGUUCUGGAGAAAAAAGAGGGCGAACAAGCAAAAGCCCUGUUUGAAAAAGUGAAAAAGUUCCGUAUACACGUUGAAGAGGGAGACAUUGUGUACAGACUGUACAUCCGUCAGACUAUCAUCAAAGUCAUCAAGUUCAUUUUGAUAAUCUGUUACACAGGGUAUUAUGUGCAUGAUAUUAAAUUCAGCGUUGACUGUUCGGUAAAUAUAGAGAGUCUGACGGGUUACAGCGUGUACCGCUGUGCUCAUCCGUUGGCUACACUUUUUAAAAUCUUAGCCUGUUUUUACAUUAGCUUAGUGGUGGUGUAUGGUUUGAUCUGCAUGUACACACUUUGCUGGAUGCUCCGGCGCUCUCUGAAGAAAUACUCCUUUGAGUCAAUACGGGAAGAGAGCAGCUACAGUGACAUACCCGAUGUAAAGAAUGACUUUGCAUUCAUGUUGCACAUGAUCGAUCAGUACGACCCUCUGUACUCUAAACGUUUUGCCGUGUUCCUCUCGGAAGUGAGUGAAAACAAGCUGAGGCAGCUGAACCUUAACAAUGAGUGGACAUUGGACAAGCUCAGGCAGAGGAUCACUAAGAACUCUCAGGAGAAGUUGGAGUUGCACCUUUUCAUGCUAAGCGGCAUUCCAGACACUGUGUUCGACCUGAUGGAGCUGGAGGUCCUUAAACUGGAGCUUAUCCCAGAUGUCACCAUCCCCCCGAUCAUCGCCCAGCUGAUCAACCUGCGGGAAAUGUGGCUUUAUCACACACCAGCAAAAAUCGAAGCUCCAGCGUUGGCUUUUUUGCGCGAGAACUUGAAGUCCCUGCACAUCAAGUUCACUGACAUCAAGGAGAUUCCCUUAUGGAUCUACAGUUUGAAGAAUCUGAGUGAGCUCCAUCUGACAGGGAAUCUCAGCGCGGAAAACAACCGUUACAUUGUCAUUGACGGGCUUCGGGAGCUCAAGAGGCUCAAAGUUCUUCGUCUGAAGAGCAAUCUCACCAAGCUACCUCAGGUGGUGACUGACGUGGGCAUGCACCUCCAGAAGCUUUCCAUCAACAAUGAAGGCACCAAGCUGAUGGUGCUCAACAGCCUGAAGAAGAUGGUGAACCUGACAGAACUGGAGCUCAUUCGCUGUGAUCUUGAACGCAUACCGCAUUCGAUCUUCAGCUUGCACAACUUGCAGGAGAUCGACCUGAAGGACAACAACCUGAAGACCAUCGAGGAGAUCAUCAGCUUCCAGCACCUUCAUCGGCUUGUCUGCCUUAAGCUCUGGUACAACCAGAUUGCCUACAUUCCCAUCCAGAUUGGGACACUCACCAACUUGGAGAAGCUGUACCUGAACAGAAACAAGAUUGAGAAGAUCCCCAGCCAGUUGUUUUAUUGCCGCAAGCUGCGCUUCUUGGACCUGAGCCAUAACAACCUGACCUACAUCCCAACCGACAUCGGAACCCUCCAGAAUCUUCAGUACCUGGCAGUGACGGCUAACAGGAUCGAGAGUCUACCAAAUGACUUGUUCCAGUGCAAGAAGCUUCGCACUUUGAAUUUGGGAAACAAUUGCCUGCACUCUCUGCCAUCGCGUUUUGGAGAGCUGACCGGUUUGACACAGCUGGAACUGAGAGGAAACCGCCUGGAAUGUCUGCCCGUGGAGCUGGGCGACUGCCGACAGCUGAAGAGAACCGGACUUGUGGUGGAGGAGGACCUCUUCAACACGCUGCCCACGGAGGUUAAGGAACAGUUGUGGAAAGUCGACAAAGAACAGGCUUAAACAGGUCACAGUGUCACUGUUAGUGAAGUCGGAUACCCAUCAACUGGGCCCCGAAACUGGAGGACUACUGGGGACAGUGUGUCCCAGAGGGCUUGCUAAAGGCGGCAGUAAACCUGCUGCGGUGUACUGCCCUUAAGGUUGGGUUAUCAAGAACCAGUGCCAGUUUGGCAAAACCAAAAUACUAAGUGUGGUAGCUUCUGGUUGUUCUCUUAGUUCCUAACUAUCCAGUUGAUUUUUUUUUUUCUUCCCUUUACAUUCAACAAUUAUGCUUUUCAGCAAUAAUGUAGCAGGUGCCAUUGUGAUUAUUUUUUCCCUCUGAAUUGUGGUGGAGAAGUUUAAAAACUGCAAAAUGUGGGUCAACUUUGCUACAACAGCAAUGGAAAUAAAACGAGGUUUCCGAUAGGGUUGGGUUGAUGGGCAAUGGCUGUGGCCCCCUCCCCCGUUCGACUCUGACAGACAGUUGCAGCCUGCCAUGCACAGAUUCAGUGUCGACCUGGAAAUAUAUAUUUAUUACUUGUCUGCCGGGAUUUUGCCAUAGAUACACUACAUGUAGGCUAGGCUACUUUAAGGAGUAUUCGCCUGACGCCCGGGCCACACUGGCUGGACUUGCUUUUCACUUUGGGCGAACAUGUUAACAGAUUAGAGCGGCCACACUGACUCCAGUUCAGCCGCAGAAGCCGUGCUGCUCAUCCAGAGAAUAGAGGACUCGCCAAUUUUCUCUGCAUAACACAUGCUAUUCAUAGAAGACUAGAAAGUGAAAAUCAUCUUUCACCACAGUUUUAAGUAUCUGUUGAAUGUGUCACAAACACAAAUGUUUGCAACACAUCCUGUACACGUUUUAAAAAUAAAAGCACUCCAGCGUGUCUGUUGACUGAAUCCAUUCAUUUGUUUUAACAAGGCUUUGAUUGUUGAUGAACCAGAAGAUGCAGAGCUUGAUGACAUAGUGUCCUGGCAUUUAGUUGAGUACACAAUCAGACUUUUAUUCAAGGAAACAGUAGUUACACCAGCAGCUCUGCUGCAGAACCGCAGCAGACACGCUGCCAGUGUCAACAUCAGACAACCGCGAAACGCAGCAGAACCGUGGCAGAGCUGCUCCACGGUGCAUCUGCAGCCAGUACAAAGCUGCAGAAGGAAGCCAAUGAAUUCUCCCGUUCCCUGCUAUCCCAGUGUUAAACACAUAGCCUCCUAAUCGUUAUAUUGUUACUCACAUCUUUUCACAAUGACCCCCCUUCUUUGGGCAUUGUCCAUCGCGAUGUUUCACUGCAUGCAUCGUCAUGUGCCAAUUAAGUUAACAUCCCCCAACCCUAGUUUCCAAUGUUUGGUUUUUGGUAAAUAAAGGUAAGAAAGGGUUCUUGUCAAAUCAAGUUUCAUCACACUACUGUAAAAAUGUGUCCAGUGAAAUCAGGAGCAAACAGGGUGAUCUCAGAGACCUCUCCCUCUUAAUUGCGUUUUGCAAACAUCAUUUUCUCCAGUGUUUCUGAUCUUUAUUAAACUCCUCACUGUAUUGUAGCAUGCUUAGGUAAAAAACAUGAAACUGGUUAAGACAAGAGGCUGAAACUUUAAUAUGUUAGGGGGGAAAAAGGUUAUAUUCACUUACAAUAUGACAAUAAUAAUAUAAUUGUAUGCAAUGACCUGUAUCCGUCACAAGCAUACUACACAUUCAAGUUUGCAAUUCCACAAGUUUGAAUCCGAAUCUUGGCUCCGAAGUCUCUGUCAGUUGUCCAGAACUGACCUGAAACAAGAAACAUAGCUCUGGUGUUAAGUGUGUCUGCUUCAGAUGGAUGUUGAUGACGUCCAGAUACCUGAGGUCUGCUUGAAAAAUGUUGAAACAUGCUGUCUCUGAGUUGUUGGAUGAGGUGGGAAGACGAGUGUCAGUGAGGACACAGUGCAAGUGCUACACAGGAGUUGUCGUCUUAGGCUGGCCUGAGUGUUGAUAACAAUACAUUUGGUGUUUAAGACUGAAGAGUUUGAUCCUUACUGAUUGAGGAAAGACAAGUACUGCUCUGUGUCGCAGUGUAUGAGGAGCAUUACAAAGCAUCAAGCUGCACACAGUGAAAUUAGUCGAGCAUCUUACCAGGGAGCAGAAUACUAAUGAGUGGGAAUGUGAGCUUGUUCUUGUUUGCAAUGAGUUGCACAAAACAAAAUGUACAAACUUUGCGGAAAUGCUGACGAGCUUUGCUUAACUGAUACUCAAACCCUGUAUUAGUUUAUUAACUACGCCGUCGUGGAUAUGAUGGUCUUCAUGUAUACACUGAUAUUUGAGUCGUAAGACAAUGACAUGUCUUCGAAACCUGUCUGAGCACCUGGCCAUGUGUUCAUGUUAUGUUCUUGUAACAUUGUAAUGUGAUGUUUGUAUCUCACUAAGGAAAUGAUCUUUUUAAUCUCACUGAAAUGCAUUAUUACAUUGAGCACCCGUGCUUGAGCUUAAAGCCAUCAUUUUAAACAAUAAUCGCAUUUUUUAUGGGACAGAAAGAACAUUGCAAUAGGAUCCAACAACCAUCAAUGAAAUUAAAAAGUGACAUUUUAAACUUUUGAUUUGACUUGAAAAAGUAUAAAACUUAUCAAUAAACAAGCCACAAUCCACUUGUCAUUAAUUUCAGUGGCAAGAAUAAUUAGGCUUUAUUUUUGAAACAGCCACAGAUUUCAGGUCCUUUCCCUUAACUUUGAUUUACUCCUUGUGUUUUUGUAUUGUUAUUGUUGUUCACCCGUGUUUUUAGGCGAAUAUUGCAGUUUUGAUAAUGCUCCUUUAAAAUAACAGAUUAGCACGGCACCACCUCACUGCUAACCACCACCUUAAGAUAGCAAGGCGUAAAACAAGGCCUCAUUUUAAAACCAACACACCUUUGGGGGCUCAGACACAAGCAAGGGCAUUUUCUAUUUUAACAGCAUGGGCACUAGACUGCAUUGGUCUGGAACUGAUUAAGAAAUGUGUCAUGAUUGGCACCGCUUUGCACGGGGUGUAAAAAAAAAUUAAAAAAAAAAUCUGCUCUUAUAUGAAAAAGUGAUCGUAGCAUCACACUGGAGUUAAAAUGUCAGUUCUUGAAGUUAAACAAUAUUCCUGUCAGGGAAAUAAAAAAAAGACAAAAUGCUAGAAAAGAAGAAAAAAAGAUUCUUAAAGCCAUAUUUACAAAGUCAUAUCUUACUAUUUUAACUUGUCAAAUUAGAUUUAAGAGAGUUAAAGCUAACUUCUCACCUUAACGAGUGUUUUACUUCGAUUAUUCACACGUAUGUAAGGGUUUGGCUACAACGUGAUGUACAUUUUGGCAUCAGUUGUACGAGACGUCCUUGUGCCGUCACGACCCUACGAGAGCAUCAGCUGCAUGUUCUCCUGAAAACAGACGAGACGGAGGUGUGCUAAGAAAAACAUCCAUGUGUGUCUGUAAGAGUAAUUGAGGUUCUCAAUGUUUUCUCAACCUAUCACAGUUUUUAUUUGAUUUCACUGAAUUGUUCAAGAUGUUAUAAUGUUUCUAUAUAUUUUUUGCGUCCCAUCAUUAAUGGGCGUCCGUACUCUCCAGGUCAGCUCGUGUCAUUGUCACCGUGUUUAUUUCUCUGGUUUCAAAGUGCGAUCGUUUCAUGAGACAAAGUUUCAAACUUUUACCCUUAGACUUUUCUUCCCUUGUGUUUUUCUGCCACAUUAUGCAGCGUGAUGCUCAAAAUGUGGAAUUCAAGAUCAAUGCAGAGCUCUGACAAAGUUCAGCUCACAACAGGGGUUCCUGUGUUUACUCUGAGAAUUUAAAAAAAAACAAACCUCAGUCUAUGUUUUAACCUAACUGCAAGAAAACUCUGAACAGUAGCAAUAUCCAAAAAACUGGGUUUAAAAACAUUGGAAUGGUUAUGUGCAUGUAUUUCAUGAACAUGUUAAACUAUCCUUAACUGUGCAAUAUUGCCUUUAUUUAAAACUAUGUAAGCAUCAGUAGUGAUGUAGUUUUCAGAUGUGCAUGGGCAUUUAUUUCUGUUGCAUUCAUUUUACUAAGGUGAUGGUGACUUUCAAGUUGAGCUGAUUAGAGGAGCCGGGAGAAUGCUUUCGUUCUAUAGCACCUCUGCCAUAUGUCACAUGUAGGUCAAUGCAAACACUGGUAUACAACUUACUGAAUACACUGCAUGUUUUCUGAUAUGGGAAGGUUGAAGAGAAUGACUGCCAGCCACGAGAUUAUAAAGGUAUUUGAUUAAUAUAAGUAUCUACAAAAACGCAUUUAGUUUGCUCCUUACCUUUAAAUCCCAAACUGGAGCAUUUAAAAUGAUUUCCAGAUCGCCUCAGCAAUACGCCACAGACUAAGACAAUCAAUUUAAGGCUGACAUCACAAGUGUCAGAUGUCAGGUCUUGUAGUGAGAACUGCAAGUAAAUGGUCAGUAUAUUAAAAAAAUCAUAGUGUAGGUUGCUAGUAAAGUGGUUUUAGUAAAUAGAUUUUUGUCUCAUAGUCAUUGUUUAUAUUUUUUCUAGAUUUUCCGUCUUCUUUAUCUUUGUUUUUCAUUUUGACAGCUAUUAGUAUAAUAAUAGUAAAACAAAAUUUCUCAGGAAACCAGCUGUACUCACUUCUCUUAUGAGUUGAUUGCCUAUUUUUUUUAUUACACCGGGUUUUUCUUAUUUAUUUAAACAGUUGUGGUAACAUUUUAUAUGCAGUUCUAUACAUUACUUUCUAGUUUGGUGUAUUUAAUAUCAACUGCUGGUUUAAAACAAAAUGUGUUUGUGUUUGUGUUUUUAAAGAGACCACUUGGUUUAACCUUGGAUUCUGUGUUGUUUUUUGUUUUCCAUCAAUGACCGGGUAUUGAAUGAGCUGUUGUGUCCGAUUUGUUUGAAUUGUGAUUGUUAUUAGCACAGAUGGACGUGUGUGUGAGAGCUUUGUGUGUGUACAGUAUGUGCGUUUGCAUGAUGGGACUUAGCGACCCCAUGUUAUCCAUGUCCUUUGUUCUUUAAAAAAAUAUAUAAUUUUGGGUACAAGAUCAUUUUCAACAUUCCCCAUCUCCAUUCCAAUCAUAGCUGAUGUACAUACAUGAGUUUGUGCAGUGAUUUUAUCAUUAUGAUUAUUAUUAUUUGCCAAAAUGUUUUCAUUGUUAAAGGAAAUCAUUUUCAGUGUUGGCCCUUAUGACAGCGAGUCAGGACAUAUGUCUCAUCCUCUUGUACACCCUCCCCUGGGGUAAAGUAAAAUAAACUUGGUUGACCACA